UUAUUAUAUUACAUAGCACAAGCACAUUUUACGUUUGUGUGUUUUAAACAACCCAAAACAAUGAAACCAAAUCAUUAUGAUGUAUUUUAUAAAUGUGUAUGACACCCUUCCUCCAGUAGAAAUGAUAUAUGAAAUUUGAUCAUAAGUGCCCACUGGAGACAGGAGAUGCCAGGUAUAAAACCCUAUGUGUUUUGGCUGAUAAUUAGUGAUCGGAUCAAUAAUUAUCGAUGUUAAUACCAGGUCGUUUUGUACAACUACAGUAUACUUAGUUUAUACUUACUGAAAUAAAAUACAUAAAUAAUUUUUUUAAUAAAAUGCAUCUCCUCUGACAUUACUUCAGUGUUAUCCAGAUCAAUUUCAACCUUAGAUUUUGCCUCCUGGUCCUGUUAACAUGUUAAAGCUGUAUAUAUCAGGCCAAUGGAGAACUGUACCUUCUCCAGUGGUAUCACAGGUAUGAAAUCCAUUAUUAACAUGUUAAAGCUGUAUAUCUCAGGCCCAUGCGUACUCUCAAAGUACAUAUAAAAUGAAAUAAAUACAAAACUGUACCCUGCUCCAGUGGUAUCACAGGUAUGAAAUCCAUCAGCUCAUCCACCUGCUCACAUGUCUUAGUCACAUGUUCUAAUGUUAGUGUACAGUAAAACAUACAAAGUAUAUGAUCUACCACUUUAAAGAUAAUCCUAAUAAGCCAUAUUAAUUACUUUCAGAUUCAGACACGAGUCAUGUAAACAGUCCAGCUCUCUGGCUUGAGUCUGUAGUAACAGGUAAAAGAAAUCAUAGGCAAUCAUAAAUCAUAAGCCUUUGUUUAAACCUUUAUGAAUAUCAAGACUGCAUUCUCUCACAAAUUCUUAAAACUUGACUAAAUUUACCUGUUCCUCACUGAGGACUAGAUCUGUCCCAGCACCAGGUUCUUUAUCCUCCUCAUCAUGAUGGAUGACUAUUCAAAUAGACCAAACAAUAUGAUCAAUUUUAAAACACACACACACAGUUUAAUAAAUAAUGCAUUCAGAUGUGAUGAAUCUUACAGAAUGAUCGUGACACACACACGGUUUAGUAAGUGCAUGUUUAUUUGGUUUAGUGUUUUUAUAGAGUCAACUUGACUGACUUUAAAAUGUAAAUGAAUGUAAAGGCGUUGAGCCUGUAUACUCAUAACUACUGUGAAAUGUUGUGUGUUUGUUUAGUGAUUAUUUAAAGUGCGUUUUGUUGUAGGAUCUCUCUGCCCUGCUCUCUGCUCCGGUACAGCAGUAAGUGUCCGCCCUGAUUAAAUGCGCGUGCGGUUUCUCGUGUUUUCUCAGUGAGAGCGGCCUGUGAACACUGAGCGAGCUGAAGCCCUGUGUCCUGUAACCACUUCUGGAGCCAUGGAUAUGACAAAAUACCAUGUCAUCAGUUAUUAAACAUUUCUUGAAUUUGAAAACCUAAAACCUGGAAAACAGCACAAUGUGUUCAAUACCUGGACUCCCUUCACCUGGCUCAAAUGUGACCGUGACCAUUACCAGAGUAAAUGUGAACCCUGAAUGUGUUCUGGUAGAGUUUUGGGGAAAUUUCGUCCAGGAUCAGAAACUUGCAUAUGAACAGAUGAAAAAAGAGAUUCAGUACCCCAAAAAAGCAUUUAUUGAAGGAGAUGGCAAGCCUGGCGACCUAUGUCUUGUACUGGUUUAUGAAACGUGGUACAGAGCCCGUAUUGUAUCAAGAAAUGGUGCUCACUAUAGUGUGUUUCUCAUUGAUGAAGGCAGAACACUUCAGGCUAAUACCAACAUUUUGGCGUGGGGCCAGACUGACUUUUUCAACCUGCCUCCUGAAAUAGAAUUUUGCAUUCUUUCCAAUGUCCUGCCAUUGUCUGACAAUCGAUGGUCAAAAUUAGCCUUGGGUUUCAUGAAAUCAUUCUGUGGGAAAGCAGUAACUGCCCAUGUUGUGGAUUUUGCCAUACCUCAGCGUACAUUUCUACUUAAUAUUCCAUGUCUCUCUAGGCAAAUGCAUGAGAUGGGGUUUGCUAAGAAAUUGUCAAACGAAGAGUUCAAAGACUUUGUUUCAAGGUCUUUCCAGUGGGAAACUGGUUCUGUUGAGCCGUUGAGGACUACAUCCACGGUAUAUGAACCACUUGAACCAAUCAAGACAGUGUGUUACAUGUAUCCAGAGCUACAAGCUGAAACCACUGAGACUGUGCUAGUCACAGAGGUAAACAGUCCUCUUCGUGUCUUCUGUCAGCUAAAGGUUUUCUCCCAGGAACUUAAGAAACUGACAGAGCAGAUAACUCGGCACUAUGAACAAACUGUUGGAUCUUCUUUUGCAAGACCUGAGAACUUGGGGGCUCCCUGUGCAUCAAGAGGAGCUGAUGGAAAGUGGUAUCGCUCUGUUUUGCAGCAAGUCAUAUCCACCAACAGUGUAGUUGAGGUGCUGCAUGUGGAUUAUGGUAAGAAGCAAUUUGUUCAAGUAGACCAUGUUAGACCCCUGGCCCCAGAAUUUUUCAGAAUGCCUGUUGUGACUUAUGUUUGCUCUCUUCAUGGAGUUAUUGAUCGAGGUGUUGGUUGGACAGUUUCACAGAUUGAUUAUCUGAAAUCCUUACUGCUUAACAGAACAGUUAUUGCCAAAUUUGAGUAUCAAAGCUUCUCUGAAGGUGUCCACUAUGUCACACUCUAUGGAGAGGAAAACACAAACAUAAACAAAUUAUUUGGUUCAAGGGAGAAGUGCUCAGUCGAUUCAGUGUGCCUUAAAGAUUAUACCAUACCCAAGAUUGGAACAUGCCAGAGGUGCCAGAUUUCAGUUAAAGGUGAAACACAAGGAACAGAGGGUUUGAAAGGGAUUUUUACAGAAAGUCUGUCACCUAAUACUGACUAUGUGGCUGUUGUGCAGCAUGUUGAAAGCCCCUCAAACUUUUGGAUCCAGACACAAAAAUAUGCUGCUGAGUUUGAGCUGUUAAUGCAUGACCUUACAGAGCUGUAUAGAGAUCAGACCAGAGCCAGUGGAUUGAUAAGAAAGCCUGUAGCUGGUAUUCUUUGUGUGGCCAAAGCUAAAGAUGGUAUGUUCUAUAGGGCAGCUAUUUGUGAAGUCGUUGAGACGAAGGCAGAGGUUUUCUUCCUGGAUUAUGGAAACAAAGAAUGGGUUGAGUGUAGCAACUUUCGCGAGUUGCCCCUCAGAUAUCAAAACAUACCGGCCUUGGCAAUUAAGUGUGCUCUUUACGGCAUUCAACCCAAAAGCAAAGAAUGGGAUCUAAAUGCUACGUUAUUCUUUGCUAAAGCUGUUGUGGACAAAGUUCUUGAUGUACAUAUACUUGCAAAAUCCCAAGACGCAUAUCUUGUCCAGGCCAUGGAUUCUAUGUUGUGUGGAGAAAAAGAUCUUUCAAAGCUGCUCUGUAGUGCAGGUUUUGCUGACAUGGAAGAUAAGGAUAAACCUGUGGUCAUGCCAUACAUUAAAGAGGUACAGGCUUCUGACAUGUUCAAGACCAGUGCUGUUUCACGGUCAUCCAUUUCUGCUUUCAAGGAGCAUUUGUUUCCAAUUGGAAGCUCAUUUGAUGUUACAGUAUCCUACAUUGAGAGUCCAAAUGACUUUUGGUGUCAGAAAGCUAAUGAUGCAAAAUGCCUUAAACUGCUAAUGCAAGAUCUACAAAGGUACUAUGCAAACUCUGAUUUUCAGCCUCCUUUAGAAGCCGCCUGUGUUGCUCGACAUCCUGAAAACAGAAUGUGGUUUCGAGCUUUGGUCAUCCAAAAGCACCAGACUUCUAAUGUAACUGUGCUCUUUGUUGAUUAUGGGGAAACAAAGAGCAUUCCCAUUCAUGACCUUCGCCGAAUUGAUCCAGAAUUCCUUCAGCUUAGAGGACAAGCUUUUCGAUGCUGCUUGUACAACUUGAGCUAUCCAGUCUCUCAUUCUUCUUUAGUAUGGAGUGCAGAUGCUACGUUGCAGUUUCGAGAAUUUGUGGACAAAGCGGCCUCAAUGAGUGUACUGUUGAAAUGUACUGUAUAUGCUGUAAUGUGUGACACUCGGAAAGUAAUGUUCAAUGUAGUGGACUUGGAGAGUCCAUUCCAAAGCAUCUGCAAACUUCUUGUCCAAAGAGGUCUCUCUGAGCAUGAAUGUAAAACAGUACCGCUGCCACCUUUAAGACUGGAUACAUACUACUACUCUUCUCACAGCAUCAAAACUGGAUCUGAAGAAAAUGUAUGCAUAACCUUUGUGAAAAAUGUCAACCACUUCUUUUGUCACCUGCAAAGAAAUUCUGUGCAGAUUGAUGAACUUGCAGAUAGAGUCAACAGCUUAUGCAGGGAGCUAGAGAGUAUUAACUGUCCUGAAUCCUUUGGAAAUGUUUGCUUUGCAAAACAUACUGAUGGGCUGUGGUACAGAGGACAAUUUAAAUCUAUAAAGCCUUCAGUUGUUGUCAACUUUGUGGAUUAUGGUGACACACAGCAAGUUGAGAAAUCAGACCUCCUUCCAGUUCCAGUUGAAGCAGCUGAAAUUAUGUCAAUACCUGUACAAGCAAUUGAGUGUGGGCUUUCUGAUUUGCCUGAAAAUGUUCCAAGUGAUGUAAAUAACUGGUUUAAAAGUUUUGUGACAAAUCGCCAGCUGAAAGCCUUGAUAGUAGCCAAAGAACCAUCUGGUAAAUUAAUUGUUGAGCUAUAUGAUGGAAAAACUCCAGUACAUGCAAUAAUCCGAGAGAAGUUUCACGUUGAAUUUGAGAGAAACAAGCAAAUUACUGUCAAAGAGCUUGAGGUCAAGGAGCAAUAUCAGUCAUUCAGUUUGUCUGAAAAACGGAAAGUACCACAGUGGACUCCUGAAAAACACUGGAGAUCUCAGAAAAAUGCUGACAUGGAAGAAUGCUCACGAAAAUUUCUUGAUGGGGACAUGAAAAGAGAUGUCACCCCAAUAACGCUGAAGCAUAGUGCCAGACCAAGUAUCCUUAAACUAAUUGAGCUCCCUGUAAAAGUCGUCGAACCCGGCCUAGAAGCUGAAGUAUUCAUCUCUCAUUGCAAUAGUCCUUUAAGCUUCUUUGUCCAAUUAGUAACAGAUGAAAACGUCCUUUGGUCUCUGGUGGAAAAAUUGAAUGAAGAUCAGUCAAACCAUGUACCUGUUAACCCCAGUGAACUCUGUGAAGGGGACUUAGUUUGUGCAGAGUACCCUGAUGAUAACUGUUGGUACCGUGCAGUUGUAAGAAAAGCACUGGUUGACACAGCUGAUGUAGAAUUUGUUGACUUCGGAAAUACUGCUGAAGUUUCAGUCUCAAAAAUAUGCAUUCUGGAAAAAAUGUUCUCCCAGCCAAGGUAUAGCAUUCAUUGCUCACUGACUGGAGAGGUAAAUAUUGACACUGAUUUGGCCUCUAAUUUCAAGACUGAAAUAGAAAAGAAUGCUGAUAGGUUUUUAUGUAAAUUUAUUCAGCAGUCAGGUUCUGUAUGGGAGGUCGAACUUAAAGUCAAUGGUGAGCUGCUGGGAUCUGCUGUCUCCAAAGAUACAAACGUAAUAACUGAAACAGGUGUACCCAAGAGUCCAGAUACUGACUUCAAUCUGUUUACUUAUAAAAAUCCUGACAUAUCAACUGGACAGGUCAUUUCCGUAUAUGCCUCAGUCAUUAUUGGGCCACAGCUCUUCUGGUGUCAGUAUGCAGAGGCUGAAAAGCUGCAGGAGAUUUCUGAUAUAAUCCAAAAGAUUGGUGGUAAUUUGGAAAGCAGAGAUUUGAACGUUGAAACCCUACCAGUUGGAAGUGGAUGCAUUGCCCUUUUUGAUGAGGACCAACUAUGGUAUCGUGCAAAGGUAACCUCAGUUGAGAAGGACACACUCUCUGUUCUGUUUGUUGACUAUGGUAAUGAUUCAAAAGUUAAAAUGAGUGACAUUAGAUCACUUCCACUUGAGAUGUUUGAUAUACCUCCUCAGGCAUUUGCCUGUCAGCUUGAUGGUUUUGAUGUCUUGGAGGGGUCCUGGGAUGACAAGGCAGCAGAUCAGUUCUUUGAGCUAAUCAAUGACCAACUCUUGAAAGUCACAAUUUUGAACCUGGCCAGUUCAUCUGAUAUGGCCAUUCCUUAUUUUGUUAAGUUGGAACGGGAGGAACUUCUCGUCAAUGAUGCAAUGAAAAAAUGGUGGGCUCAAAAUAGCAAGAGGACAUCAUUUGAACUGACAAUUGCACCACCUGCAGAUUUGACUACUGUGACUGAAGCGUCCUCUCUCUGUGUAACUGAACCUGUAGUCAAACCCAAGGACUCCCUUUGUGUAGACAUGGAGUAUCUGCACAAUGGCACUUGCAUUUCUCCGCUCAAAAUGCAGGUAGAAUGUGUUGGCACUUUGGCUGAACAUGAGGAGCAAGCUGGAUCCACAGAGUUAGUAGAUAAAAGAAAUGUUGCUGUGGGUAAGAUAUUUUCUCAAGAUGAUCACAACUUGUCUUCAGCAGGCAUUGAAAAGCCUGAGAAUUAUGGCAAAAGUAUCAAUGUGAAGAAUACAAAUGUAAACACAGAUAUUUCAGACAUUCAACACAGUCAACCAGCGGAUGUUCACGGAGAAUGCCUCUUGGACUCCCGAGACUUUACAAAUAAAGGAGCAUUAACAGAUUCUCUGGAGCAUACUGAUGAGACCCAACUGGAAACUGCAUCUACAGAAAGUCCGUCCUGUGAUGAGGUCUGUGAAAAUGUGUGUGGAUCAGUUUCUGAACACAAAGAUGAUAAGACUGAGUCUGGUCAUGAGAUCAUUAAGUCAGACUUGGGAAAGAUAAGGAGGGCUGCUGAGAGCAUCACCGUUGGGUCCGAUUGUGUGAUCUGGUCUCAUGUACACAACUGUUGGUGCAGAGCUCGAACUUUAAAGAUUUCUGAUGAUUCUACAUUGGUACUCCUUUUGGACCAUGAUUUUAUGAUGAUGGUGGAUGCAAUGAACAUUUUUGAAAUUGUACCAGAAGAAUCAUUGCCGGCUGAAAAGAAAAUGGAGCUUGGAGCUCUAACCUGUGUUGCUUCUCAUUACUCAUCUGUCAUAGAUUGUCAUGAUGAGGUGGAUAAAAAACUUGGCACUGGGACGGAUCUCGUCAUCAGUGAGGAACAGACUCAAGGCAAAGAGCUGGACUGUUUAGGUGACUUGGUGUCUGAAUCUGAAAAAGCUUUGCAGGAAGAUGCGAAUCAGUGUCCAGAUUUAGACCUUUAUGCUCCUGAGGAAACGAGUCAGUUGUUUAUUGCAGAUGAUUUAUGUGAACCAGAAAUGGAGAUGGAUAAAAAACAAGAACUAGCACAGAAUGUAUGCAGUGCUAUGGUCCAGGCUGAAGAAGCAGAGCAUAAUGCUGUUAAAUGUUUUUCCUCUGAAGAACCUACUGAAACUGAUGAACAACCUACUGCUUGUGUAGAUGUCAUCACCCAGGAAACUGAGGAACAGCCUCAAGACAAAGAGUGUGACUCCUGUGUCGGUGACUUGGUGGCAGAUACUGAACAACUGAUGCAACAAGAUGUUAUUCAAGGUCCAGAUUUAGGCCUUGAGACUCCUCAGGAAAUGAGCAAGAUUACAGAGGAUUCAGUUGAGCAAAGUGAACCAGCUGUGGGAGUGAGUCCAGCACUAGUAGCAGCACAAGAUUUAAGCUGUGCUGUGAAAGUCCAGGUUCAAAUUGAAAAAGAUACUGUGGAGACGAGUCCUCCAAUAGAGGAACAGGAAGGACAUGGGACCAAGACAUGCGAACAGGUAGAUGAGCUGAUGAGUUUCAUAUCUGCGACACCACUGCAGAAGGAUCAGGAAACAGAAUCUAAGGAUGAAACUGAUCUGGAGAAUUUUGGUGUAGCGUCACAGGAGAAGGCUCUGGAUGUGGAACUUGGUGCUGAUCAUGAUUUGGCUGCCGUAAUUGAAGUGACUGCUGAUGUUAUUGACUUUGUGAGUGAAACCGAACAGGGGUCAGAUACUACAUCAGACACCAUUAAAGUCAAUGUGGUGGAGACCGAACGUCUGGCUGCCGAUACAGUGUCUUCUGACUUGCAGAAAUCACCUGAUACAGAGGAACCAAGAGCUUCAACGGUCACACAUCUGACCCUUAGAAUUCAGGACACAUCUGAUGAUGACAUCAUCUUUGUGAAACAGUGGCAGGUUUCCCCAACUGAGGGAAAUGAUCCCAGUUGCCAAGAUUAGCUGUUUGAUUACUUGAUUAAACAGUUUUACUCUGUGUCAGGUUGCAAUUGGCCACUUGUUUGUUCUGACCAUCCCCACUCAAUUUAGCACUUAAGCACAGAAUUUCAGUGUUUUGUGGUGUUCUUGAAAUUUUCCUUUCUUUCACUGAAAGAUUUAUCUCUUUCUUUUUGUGUUUCUUGUUAUUAAGAUGUAUUCAGAAUAUAUUAUUAUAUUAAGAUAUAUUCUGUUCAGAAGCAACAUUAAUGGAUGGAAAUGCCUCAUUAUGAUUUUGUUUCAUUGUUUUGGGUUUAAAACAUGAAGUGUAAAUGUUCUUGUGCUACAAAUGAGGGGGAAAAUCUUGUGUAAUGUCUGAUAUUUUUCCUUUUUUAUAGUACAAUUUUGUACACAUUGACCUGAUUCUCGUUCGUUACAGUUCAGAAUGUCAGGGAAAAUAGUUUCACAGGUGGUUUUGACAUUAAACAAUGUCCACA